CUCGAGGUUGUAUGCCAAAUUAUGUGCCGUCCCGCGUUGGUCUAUUCAUUUUUUCUAAUUUUGGAUUUAUUUUGUUCACAGCGGAAGGGAUGAGCAAGUUAUCGGCGGCGGAUAUUGGGAAGGGCGACAUGACCGAUUGGAUGGCCGACAUCUAUGAGGCCAAGAUGCAGAAGGCCAAGGCCGAGUUGGAGGAGAAGGACGCGGCUAAGGCGUCAGGGAAGAAAAAGGGGACGACUCUGUCCCAAUUGAAGAAAAGGGCCAUGCCAACUGGCUCGGAGACUCCGAGUACCUUCAAAAAGCCCAAACCUAUACCCCGCCGUCUGGUGAAGAAGGGCGAGUCAAAGGUUGCUGAGGGGGGUCGCCCUGAUGACGAUGAGAUUGGCGUGGACAAGCCGUCUCUGGUUGUGGACUUGGUGUCCAAAUCAAAGUCUGGUGGGCAUCCUGACGAGUUGGAGGACCCUCUUUCGGGAAUUCCGGCCGACGUCCGUUCCCAGAUUCCUGCGGAGGUGGCCCGCCGAGCUAGGUCAUCGGGCGGUAAGUAUUAUUCGAACGUCGUUCAGACGUAUCGAGCCUCCUCUGGCAGUUCUUCUUACUCUCCGCGUCAUCCUAAGGCCGUUGUUUUUCCUAUAGCUAAAGACAAAGGGAAGGAUGCAGCUGCUGCAGAGGACGAGAACGUACCCGCUACUCCUCACUAUUCGUCAAAGGAUAGGGUGGCUAUAUGCCGUAAGGUAUUUAAGGCCGUCCCCGCAGAGUACGUUGCUUCUCUUCCGGGCCGCAAGACUGACGCCCAGUUUGGUGCAAUCCAGGCCACCCUACUGGACUUGUUCUGCCGCAUGGAAUUCUGCAAGAGUUGGAAGACGCGCACUGCUGAGGAGCUCAAAGCUCAGGUGGCUGAGUCCACCCACCAUGGCGACUAUGCGUUCAAAUCCAUUGAAGAGGUCCGCCUGCAGAUGCAGACGACCAUAGACCUUCAAGCAAAGGAGGUAGCUUCAUUGAGGUCUGACAAGGCCGAGCUGCUUAAGAAGAUCUUGGCGCAGGACAAAGACAUGGUGACAAUGGUCGAGGAGGCCAAGACAGCGGCGGCGGAAAUACGGACGCUUCAGGACCAGUUGCGGGAGUACCCUCAAGUCAAAGAGGCGGCUGAGGAAGCCGAGCAUCUUCGGAGGGAGCUGGAGACGGCCAGGUCGCAAGUUCGCACCUUGCGUGAGCGUCUUCUGGAAUCCUAUGAUCAGGAGGAGCAAGCGGCCAAGGACGCUGUGAAGCACGCCUGGGAGAGCCACAUGCCAGAGUAUGAUCUCGCGUGGUUCAGCGGCGAUUGGAACACAGUGCCGCUGUGUUGGCUGCUGAGCGUCUCGGUCAGCCGCCUCCUGAGUUUGUACCUUCUGAUGAUGAGGACGAUGCGGCUGCUCCCUGAUUUGCUUCCUUCCAAGUUCUUCAAAAUUUUAUUCAAGUGUUCCCAUGCCUAAGGGCAAAAACAAUUAUUUUGUUAAGUUUUGGAGCUGCUGGCGUCUGUACCAUUGUGCCUGCUGAGCACACAACAAUUUCUUUCUUUUUUG